AGCGUGGCGGCGCGGCAGCCCGGUCCCGCGGGCGGAGGAUGGCGUGUCGCGGCGGCUGCUGCUGCUCCAGCRCGGGUCGCCUGAACGCGGACAACGCGCGGUUCCUCCUGCUGGCGGUGCUGAUCGUGCUGUACAUGCUGUGCGGAGCYGCCGUCUUCUCGGCCAUCGAGCUGCCCACGGAGCGCGAGACGAAGGAGCGCUGGGAGGAACGGCUGGAGAACUUCACCCGGCGCCACAACCUCAGCCGUGCCGAGCUCCGGCACUUCCUCCGAGAAUACGAGGAGGCGAGCGUGGCCGGCAUCCGCGUCGAUGACAUCCGGCCCCGAUGGGAUUUCACCGGCGCUUUCUACUUCGUGGGCACCGUCGUUUCUACUAUCGGGUUUGGUAUGACCACCCCAGCCACCGUUGGAGGCAAAAUUUUUCUGAUAUUUUACGGCCUUAUAGGAUGUGCAGGGACCAUUUUGUUCUUUAACCUGUUCCUGGAGCGCUUGAUCACUGUCAUAGCUUACGUCAUGAAGUCCUGCCACGAGAGACAGCUGAGGAGAAAAGGGGUUCUCCCUCACAAUGGCCGGCGGGGCUCGGGGACCUCUGAGGUGGACAGCCUGGCAGGCUGGAAGCCCUCUGUGUACUAUGUUAUGCUGAUUUUAUGUGUAGCAUCCCUCAUCAUUUCCUGCUGUGCCUCUGCAAUGUACACACCGAUUGAAGGGUGGAGUUACUUUGACUCACUUUACUUCUGCUUUGUGGCCUUCAGCACCAUUGGUUUUGGUGAUCUGGUCAGUAGCCAGAACAUCAGGUAUGAGAGCCAAGGCCUUUAUCGCUUUGGCAACUUUGUCUUCAUACUCAUGGGGGUGUGCUGCAUCUAUUCCUUAUUUAAUGUGAUCUCUAUUGUCAUCAAGCAGUCCAUAAAUUGGAUAUUAAAGAAGCUGGCCUGCAAGUGCUGCCACAGAUGCCAAAGAAGAUUAUUUCAUUCACGCAGGAAUGUGGUAAUGCCAGGAAAUGUGCGCAGCCGGAGAAACAUCUCCAUCGAGACUGACGCUGUCAAUGAGAGUGACACAGACGGACGCCGUCUGUCAGGAGAGAUGAUCUCCAUGAAAGACUUCCUGGCCUCCAAUAAAGUCUCACUGGCCAUCAUGCAGAAACAGCUGUCAGAAACUGCUAAUGGAUACCCAAGGCAAAUGGGCUCUAAUUCAAAACAAAAUGGAUUCUCUGGYGGGGUUGGAGCCCUAGCAAUUAUGAACAACAGACUGGCAGAGACAAGUGUAGAUAGGUAAAAUUAUAACAGUAACAACACUGWAACAGUGUGGACCAUUUCAACAGGUAUUGAAAUGUGAAUCAAAUUAAAUAGCUGGAGGGAGUGCCACCAGAGGGUGGGAUGACGUGAAGGGCCUACCUCCUGAUGGAAGGUCUCUUGCCAUUUUUUUGGGGCUGCCACUUAAUGUUUUUGCAUUGUACCAGUCCUGGCCUUCCUUCUUCCCCRUCCUUCAGCUCCUCAAGCAGGUUACUGCAGGAGGAUUUUAAUUUAACUUUCAGAUCAAAUUUCCAUGUCCUAUUCUUCUUCAUUUAGGUGAAAUACAGAUUUCAGGAUAAGAAAUCUGUGGGAUGGGAAGAAACCAAGUGUGUCUACUGAACACAUUCUUAAUUCAAAGGUUGUUUGGAGCUUUCUGUCUUACUCUCAUCAUGCCUGUUUCCUGGAAGUAACUUAUCUGAGACCAARAGAUGAAUCAGCCUUUGUGAUAUUGCAGAUCUUAUUUAAUGGAAAAUAAUAUGAAAGUUGGCAGGUAUAUUCUGGAGCUAUUUUAAUGUGAAUGAGGAGAGAAUUUUGSCUUUAGAAUUUAAUUUAGUCUUCCCUAUAAGAGGAUACUGUCAGAAAUGAUAGAAUAAAAAUUUAUCCCACUUUUGUUUUCUUCAUUUKCAAAACAUUAUUUUUUUUUCAAGGAUACUUUUUCUUAUAGAAUUGAAUCACUGUGGUUUUCUGUUUCAAAAAUACCAAAUUAAAUUGAAAAUUGACAUACUGAUGAGUGGGAUGAAUUAUUCCACAUAGCAAUCAAAUUCCCAAAUUUCUGUUCUUAUUUACCUGAAUUAUGACUSAAGCAUCAGCAUUGUGUAAUGCAACAAGUAACUGAGUUUACACAACAGGCUUUAGUAUGCUAUUAGAUUGCCAUGCCAGCAUUCAGARUGUUAUUGCAAAUGGAUGUGAUCACAGAAUCACUUUGGCAGUGUCCUUUUUCUCUUUCAUGUAACUCUGUCAUUCUUUACCUAUUUCUCUUUUUCAGCGAUGAUAAUGACAGGGUCUUGAUUGGGGAAAUAAAAAAUGUUUUAGCUUCUCAUUUUUCUCAGUGAAAUUCUCAGUGUUCAUUAUGACUCAAAAGAAAAUUUCAAUGAGAAGAAUAGUUACAGUGAGAAGAACAUGAAAAUGGGAAAAAAGUCAUCUUUAAUGACAGUGAAAUCAUCCUUUGUAUUAGGUAGCUGGGGAAAUAAGGUAUUAAAUUCACAUAAAGUCUAACAAGAAUUUAAGGAAGACUGGGCUGAAUUCCUGAUUCUCCUUUAACCAUACAGCACAUUAAAGCUAAACAAUAUAUGAGAGUGUAAAUAAGUUGAAUUGGUCACAAAGGACCUGAUUCCCUGGAAAGUAUAGUGUAUGCAUCAGGACUAAAUGUUUUGUCACAGGUGGAAGGCCUUUCAGAAUACUGCAAUUAGAGGAAAUUUAGAACACCAUUCUGUAGUUCUCAUUUUCUCUCAUACAGAACAAUGCAGAUAGCCUCUUUGGUUUAAUUUGUAUUAGGAAUUAAUAUAAUACCCUUUUUCUUGUUUCUGGCCAAAAGUUCUUAUACUUAYGUUGCUAAUACUACAGAAUAACAUUUUAAUACUCAUUUUAUCAAUAUUUGUAUUUAAAAAUAAAAGUUUGGAAUCCUUUCAUGUAAUAAGCUAAYCCCAGAUAUUCAACAAAUGUACUUAAAUAGUGAAAAAAUGGCAAGCUCUUUUGACAUUAUUAGAGGUAAAAAUUCUAAUUUAAAGUCAAAUCCUGCUGACUUUAGUUACAAGAAAAGCUUCAAGCUGAAGUCAUUAGUCCAAAGUCUGAUACCCGUCAACUCAGCUGUGCAGCAAUGGAAUAGCCUUAAAAAUAUCCCUUCGUGUUUACGUGUUUCCCAUGCAAAAUCUGAAUCAGCUCCAAAACCCUGACUGCUGUGGAAGUCUUAUUUGGUUGGGGGAGGCGGGGGGAGGUAUGUGUUAGUAAAAAUUGCCACUGAGUUAUUUUGGGUGAAACUAUAGUACCCAACAUCCAUUCUAUUGUUACACUUCUAUUUUUUUUGUUUUG